CAAAAGGGGAAAUGAAAACUCAUCUCGGCUGCUCCGCUCUGCCCUCUAGCCGAGGCGCGGCGCGCUCAGAAGGGAAGCUUGGCAAGCGCGGCGCGGACGGGCUCGUUUCCACGCUCGUGGAAAGCGAAGUGAAGCGGGGCACCGAGGACACCCGGGCGCCUGCCGGUCGAGGCGCAUACGUUUGAUGGGCCAGAGAGCUGGACGUCCAAAGCCAAAAAGGACAUUCAAGCUGGAGGAAUAUCAGACGAUGACGGCCGAGGCAGAUGAGGAGAGCUCUACAGAGGAAGCUUUGGAGACGUGCAGCCAGAAGCUCCAAGAGAUAUGUGGGAUGGCAGACUUAAGAAAUGGAGCUGUUGGCCUGUACAAUAUUGGACUAAGCUGCUGCCUCAACUCCCUGCUUCAGGUCUUCUUCAUGAACAGACAUUUCACUAUGAUACUCCGGAGGAUCAAAGUGCCGUUUGAAGCUGCGGAGCAGAAAGCAAGCGUCCCUUACCAAAUGCUCUUGCUUCUGGAGCAGAUGCAACGGAGCAAGAGAAAAUCUGUGCAUCCCUUGGAUCUUGCCCGCUGCCUCUCAAUGCACAAUGUGAAAUUGCUUAUUCUGUAUGAUGCUGCUCAACUCUUCUUGAUCCUCUGGAACCUAAUUAAGGACCAAAUCAAAAAUGUGAAUCUGGUUGAAAGCCUGGCUUUCCUGCACACAAUCCAGCUGCAGCAGAACCUAGUGUGUCAAAAGUGCUCAGCUGAAAUGAAGAAGGAGAGCAACUUGCUGAUGUUUCCACUCCCAGUGUUUGAUUCUGAUUCUCAACCAGUCAGGACAUUGGGAGAUUCAUUGCGUUGUUUCUUUGCACUGGAGCAGCUGGUGGAUGAAAAUGCAUGCCACUGCGAACAGUGUGGCUUGAAAACGCCACAUCUACGGGGCAUGAGAGUUACACGUCUGCCACAGACGUUGAUGCUGCACCUAAAGCGUUUCUGCUGCAAAGAAGGCAGCCAGAUCCGGAAGAUCAGCCAUUCCUUAGCCUUCCCACAGAGCCUAAAUUUCAGUGAGAUCCUGACGCCAGAACAGUACGACCAGGAUACACAGGAGGAUGAUGGGUUGUAUGAUCUGUUUGCGGUUGUUGCACACUCGGGAUCAGCUCACUUUGGUCAUUACUCUGCAUACAUUUGGAGUCUCGCGGAAAGCAGGUGGUAUUGCUUCAACGACUCGAGCGUCUGUCAGGUAUCCUGGGAUGAUGUCAAAUGUACCUAUGGAAAAGCAUAUCUCCGCUGGGGUGAAACAGCCUAUCUCCUGGUUUACCUGAAAAGGAAUUGCAGGAAGCUCUGAUCUGAUUGACUCAGGGCAACCAGAGGGAGGUUGCAAUUUAUGUGUCCAGAUUCUCCAAAUACCAGAUGACUGACUUUCCAUCAGAUUUGUGCAGGAGAGUACAAGCGAUACGUGAACUCAAGGCACCAGGAAGGGAGACCUUUUGGAAAGAAGGCUCAGGAACACACAUUUUUACCUGCAAUCUGUCUUUGGAAGUUACAGAGCCUCACUUUCAGACCCUCUGCAGCUGGCUAGUACAGUA